UACGGAGCAUAGACUUGCGAUUGUGACAUCACAUCAUUACUGAAGAAGUUAAAGCAAACAUGCGCGCUGCGAUCAGUCACAUUAAAAAUUCGCAUAUUAAAUAAACAAAAGUCUAUUGUUAUGGAGUCUUGAGAAAUGCUUUUUGCCUAUAUCUUUUAUCUGCUCUUGAUGACAAAAGAUUUUCACGCUGUCUUGACAGAUGGAGAAGGUGAAAAUUUUGCUUUUGGUAAAUCAACAUGGCAGUCAAGUUUGGAAGCAGAUGGCGUAUCAUCUCGUGCUGUUGAUGGUUACAGACAUCCUGAUUAUAGUCAAAACUCGUGUAUGCAGACAAAAACACAGUAUGAACCAUGGUGGGCUGUUGAUCUUGAGCACGAGUAUUUUGUAACAUCCGUACACAUCACAAAUCGCGCUGACUGUUGCUGGAGGAACCUCGUAAACUUCAAUAUUCGAGUUGGAGGAAAUUCAACAGACGGCGGCAAACACAACCCUCAGUGUGGACCGACGUACAUUUACGAAGUCGGCGCUGGACAAACACUUCCAGUAAAAUGUAUGCCACCUUUGUUGGGGCAGUACGUUACUGUUUCAAUCACAGGAGCUCAUGGAACCUUGAACUUUUGUGAAGUGGAAGUAUACGGAUAUCAGCGCCACAACGUCUUCCGUGUCAAAGCAAUAUCAUAUGGUUCGAAAGACGUCGAGGAGCUUGGCAAAGUUAGUCAGUUAAUCGUUGGUGACACCUAUAAUCAAUAUCUCUCCAGUGGAGGGCAUCAUGUUGUUUCUUUUAAUAUGACAACAGGACUGUUAAUCGCUUCGAAACAUUUCGACACGCAGCACAACUCUAAGGUAUUAACUGACAUGCCUUUGUAUUUAAACAAUUUACCCUCGGAAAUUUUUGUAUUCGUAAUUAUGCAAAAUGGAGGAUGGAAUUACUAUCGCACAUCAAUACCGAUGCUUAAAGACUUGAGUGGAUCAGACCAUAUAUCUGAAAAAUUGGCAUGGGGUGACGCGUGGGCAUUGCUGGGAUACAACGGGCAGUUGCCCAGUCCCUCGUGGAGAACAUCGGUGAUGAAAAAUCUUGGAUAUACGCCAGCGGUAAUUGAGAACGUAAUUCCAAAGCUUUUAGUUCCACCUCGUCCACCAUCAUCUAUCAUCGUCGUGGAUCUGGCAUCAUCUUCAUUCACGCUGAGGUGGUCACGCCCUUCUGGAAUUGUCACUGAGAAUGAGCUGCCUCUAAAUUACACCAUAUGCGUUAGAGGAACUGGUACUGUGGGUAGUAAUUGCACAAAUAAUGGUGGUACUCGUAUAUAUACAACCACUGGCUUAAAACCUCAGACUGAGUAUCACGUGAGUGUCAGAUCACAAUCCUACGCUGGUUUUGGUACCGAAGCUGCGGUAUACGUUACCACUAUGAAACAAGACACCUUUAGGAUUUACGUUGAGCUUGUAUCGCGCGUCAAGCCAGAUACCUUGUACAGAAUAGACGCUGACUCUUUCUCCAGCAUUACAAUCAGAGGAACACAACACAAAUUUAGCCAACCAGGACAUCAUUUUAUUGUUCUUGAUCCGAAAACAGGUAUCGAACUGAUGCGAGGGUCAUUCAACACCUUCCAAGACGCUGGCUCGUUGACAAAAAUGGCAGAGUUCUUAUCAAGCAUUCCUAAGCCAUCAAUCAUUUUAAUGGUGGUAUAUUUUCAAGCACACAAUUAUUAUGCAGAAGGCUCUCUCCAAUCUGUCUGUCCAAAUGCUCCUACAAAUUACACCAGUGUGAAAUCAUGGAGUAUGAUUUGUCUACAUGGCUUUGGGACCCUGCCUUGGGAGACGUCUGCCACAUCCAGUGGUGAUAAGGGACCAGCCGUGAUAAAAACUCAUAUUUCUCUCCCUAAAGAACUUAAAAAUGCACCAGUUAUACAGAACGUCAUCGUUACCAGCUCUAGAUCGUUACAACUGUAUUGGAUAUCACCAAGUACAGACGAAUACACAGGAAGCAUCUUAAACUACCAGAUUUGCUAUCAAAAGUCAACUGAUCAGACAAACUGCUCUUUAGUAUCUGUGAGCGUCAAUCUAACCCAGGCUGUGAUAAGCAGCUUGCAUCCAUUCCAGGAAUAUGAAGUGAAGAUACGUGGGGUUGUUGCACUAGGAUAUGGACCUUAUUCAAAUUUAUUUACAUCCACCACACAUGAAGCAGAACCGAGCAGUGGCCCAACAAACUUAGUUUUCCCUGACGUAAGCAGUACCUCGAUCUUCUUAUCUUGGUCGAGGCCACCAGAGCAGGAAAGAAAUGGAAUCAUAUUACACUACAGUGUAUAUUGUCAUUCUGAUGGGGGCACAAAUGACCCUUGCGGAAAUGAAACGAUCACAAGCAACAUGUGGUAUCGGGCCAGUGGUCUCAAGCCAUAUCAGGAAAUAAGAUUUGAAAUUAAGGCAGCUACGUCUGUGGGUUUUGGCCCAGCGACAGUCGCCUACGAGAGGACGUUGCAAAGUGCCCCAGAUGGCCCACCUAAUGAAGCGCGUACGACAUUUGUGCAAGCCACGAAAAUGUCGUUGUCGUGGUCACCUCCAGAUCCAGAGUUAUGCAACGGAAUAAUUGUUAAUUAUAGCAUUUGCAUUCGGGUCCACAGCUCGUCCCCAGUUCCUUGUCUGAUGGAAAUUAUGCUUGAUAAACGAAUGGAUUACACUGUUACUAAUCUUAAACCUUACACGAAAUAUGGCAUUGAAAUAUCUGCUGGUACAGAGGCUGGUUUUGGUCCACCUGCGAUGCUUGUCAACACAACUUUACAAACAGCACCGUCGGUCCCUCCAACAAAUUUACAAGUUACGUAUUUUACUCAUAAUGUUAUUGACGUGGCAUGGUCAUCACCAGACCACUCUGAAAUAAACGGGAUUUUGACCCAGUAUUCAGUCUGUAUCAGAAAACAGUCAUCUGAUUCCUGUCUACAUGAAGUUACCGUCCCACCCACACGGACAUCGUACAGGUUUAGCGAUCUUAAGCCAUACGUUGUGUACAGCAUUGAAAUCAGUGCAGCCACGUUGGCAGGAUAUGGACCACAGGCAAACAUUUCGCAAAUAACAGAGCAAACUGAACCGAGUGGACCGCCAACAGGAAAAAGUGUGAUAUUUGUGAACGAAUCGGCUAUUAGUUUUUCUUGGUCGGAACCAGAACCAGAAUUACAAAAUGGUGCUAUAAUUCACUACCGUGUGUGUAUACGAGAAUAUGGUAUCGCUUUUACGUGUACCAGAGCAACACAAGUACCAGCAAGUGACCGGAAUAACUACACGUUUGGUGGUCUGAAUCCGGUGAAAGAAUAUGUUGUGUCGAUUGAAGCUGCUACUAAAGUGGGUUUUGGUCCACCAGCGUUUCUUCAAAAGACUUCAGGAGAGUGCGAUCUUCCCAUCCUGCACAGUGGAGGUCACGUUGCUGACGAUAGUUUUAGUGCAAGUGGGUUUCUCAGUAGAAAUUACGAACCUUACCAAGCCCGUAUCGACAAUUACCUGCCAUGGUGUGAUGAAGGAACCAGAAACAUUAUUUAUCUACAAGUUGACUUGGGUGGACCGCUCAAGAUUUUGGGCGUUGCAACGAAGGGUCACAGACAACAUUGGGAAAGUUGGGUGUCUUCAUAUAAAGUUUUUUAUAGCAUGGACGGGGUGGAAUGGAAAUAUGUUAAUGUUAGCGGAAACAUGGUCAUCAAGGGAAACAACGGCAAGGGGGAAGAGGUUAAGCAUUUUCUAGACAACUCGGUUGUAACUCGAUUUAUUCGGUUUCAAGUUCACACCUUUGUGGGAUUACAUCCUUGUAUAGGCGUAGAAAUAUAUGGAUGUGCACCAGCUAUCAAGCCAACGAAAGCGUCAGUAGUCAAUAGAAACAAAGAUUUGAUCGAAAUCGGAUGGACACCAUUGCCAUCAGUAAUUGCUAGUGGAAAAAUCUUUGGCUACAAAGUCUGUCAUAAAUUAUCGUCAUCUCUCUUACCGUGUGAAACCUCGAGUUACGUUAGUCACACUGCUUCAACCUACUCAAUUGGACAUCUAACACCAUACACUGACUACAGUUUUGAGGUUUCCGCAGGCACCAUAGCUGGAUACGGUCCACCUGUGGUACUUCAUGCAAAAACACUGGAAUCAAGUCCGAGUGGUCCUCCACGUCUCGUUAUGACCAAAGAUGUUACUCCAACAAGCCUAAAACUCGUAUGGUCACCCCCGGAAGAAUAUCAACGCAGAGCAACCGCUGCUGGCGAAGGCCCUAGAACUGUUCUUUAUGAAACUACACUUCCCACAGUUCCGUCUGGUCCACCAACGUCAGUUUAUGCAUCCAGGUUUGGUCCAAGGAUCGUACAAAUAUUUUGGCGGCCUCCGGAGGCUAAGAAACAAAAUGGUGUCAUAAUUGGCUAUCGUCUUUGCAUAAAGGAAAAGAGUUUCACGACUCCUUGUCGUAAAUAUGUCACAUUACCAGAAACACAGCUAAUGCACACGAUUGACGGAUUGAAACCAUACACUUUGUACAAUAUCCACGUUGAAGCGAAAACAGCUCUUGGAUAUGGGCCCGCACACUAUUUUGAUUAUCGAACUGGACAAGCAGCGCCAUCUGCUCCACCAAAGGAUGUGACAAUCAGAUCUACCACCUCGAGCUCAAUUGAAAUCAUAUGGACAGCUCCUGAUAUAGAAAAACAGAAUGGCAUUUUAGCUAUGUAUGAAGUCGUCGUCUAUCAGGAAUUGUCUGAUUCAAAAGUUGAGAAAAUUUCCAGCUCCUCUAUGAGUGCCAACACCACUAUUUGGAAAGUCGACAAUUUAAGCCCUCUAACUGAUUAUAUAUUCCACAUUAAAGCUGGGACUGUGGAAGGAUUUGGCCCAGCAGUUAUUGUUCAUAAGCGCAGUGACGGUCGUAUACCAAAAACAGGCAAACAUUCUGAAGGUAAAUUCACAGCGGGAGGAAUUGCUGGUGGAUCCAUAAUGUUGGCUGUGCUAAUAGCUGGAUUAAUACUCAGCAUUUUAUGGAACAAAGGGAUGCUACCUUAUACUAGAACGCGAAAACUGAAACUUGAAUCAGAAGAAAAACAAAGACGCAGGAGACGAAAACAACGUCGACGUAAAAGGAGGAGGGAUACAAGCACACCUAGGCCUGAGGCGGUAAGAGCAGAAAUUCAUGAAACGAAUUCAAUAUAUUCAGAGUUGAAUGACUAUGAUGCCCCAAAGAAAGUGCGCAAACAUAUCACAGCUGAAGAGCUGUAUGGAACAACAGCAUGUGAAGACAUUUACAGUAAGGGAAUAACGCCAACUCCUCCAGGGAUAUAUGCUCCUAUCCCAAACGUCCUUAGUCAUGAUAUUUAUGGAACGUCGGUCGCUACGUCCUCCUUCAGCAGCGCACCACGGCAGACAGAUAUUUACGGCAUUGCCCCAGCGGGAAUGAUUGCUGGAAUACAAAAAUCAAAUACCAUUCUACCGCCAAUUGUCGCCCAACCGUCAGUGCUUCCUCCGCCUAUUCCUUUGGAAGCAACUUUGUCGUCUGUUUUUAUUGAUCUCUCAUCUACAAAACUUGACAGUCCCGAUUCCGGUAACCUCUCAUCACGUUCUAAUACCAUUUUAAAUUCUUCACGUGCUCUAUCAAAUGCAACAUUUCUAUCUGCAUCCCAAAUGGGCACGUCUAAUCAAGUGGCCAGAGGUACUACAUCAACCACCACUAUUCCACAACCAUCUCAAUUCAGCCAAGUUUUUUCUCAUGCGCCAACACCACCCGCGAUAAGGGUUGAUAAGAUGGCUUCGAGUACAAACGCUUCAGCCUCGGCGAUAUCCGAUGCGGUCACGGCGACGAAGACAGAUGUCGUUGAAUCCAAUUCAUCACCGAUUGCUCAUCGUACUGCCUCGCUAAAUGAUCGGCAAAGGUCUCAUAUUACUGCUGCUUGCCCUAAACUUAUUGCCCAACCUGUUCCACAUCAACCAUCUAUACCUGUGCCGUCAAUGAAAAAGAAAUCGGUUUCUACAGUUCGUUCAUGAUUCGGAGAUUUUUGUAUCGUAAUUCAUCACCCAACAUCCUGAUCUUGUAUUGUAGUACCUGGUCUGAGCAUCGAUUUGUAAAUGAUAUGUAUAAACAAUUGUAAUGUAUGAAAAAAUUACACCGCUCAAA